CGCGCACUGCGGAUGGGCGGAGCCUGCCCACCCUAAUGCACUCCUGACGUAAUCACUGGCUACACUAACAAGCAAGUUCUCGUCAGCAAAAACAACACAAAGAAGAAUGGGACGUGUCGUCGGCGUUGUUAGUUGCACAACAAGCCCGGCCGUCCCCAUUGAACGCUCGUUUUCCAUCGUUUUUUUCAGGGGCUAGGCUACAAGGGCUAACGGGCUAACCAAGCACAGGCAGCGGCGAGCUAGUUGUAGCUAGCUCGGGGCUCGGCUAGCACAACAGUCGCCCUUCGGUUGAUCCACGGAGCUCACACGCCAACCGCUUCCACUCUCAGAGAAAAUGGUGUACCUGUUAAAUCCUCUGGACAACCUGAGAAGCUACAUCAACAACCGUCCACCGCUGGUGAUUUUCAUGAUCAGCGUCAGCGCAGUGGCCAUCGCCUUCCUCACCGUAGGCUACUUCUUCAAGAUCAAGGAGAUCAAGUCACCAGAGUUGACAGAGGACUGGAACACGUUCCUGCUGCGCUUCAACGAACUGGACUUCUGCGUGUCGGAGAACGAGACCAUCAAGCACGGCCUCAACGAGUCCACCACGCCCGAGAGUCUGGUGGUGACUAGCGGGCAGGCGCGCUCCAGCACGCAGCUCCCGCUGAUCUCUGAGGACCCGGGCUCCGUCAACAUCUCGGUGCCCAUCACGCUCACGCUGGACCCCCAGCGUCCAUUCGGGGGGUACUCUCGCAACAUCACCCACCUGUAUGCCACCGUGCUGGGGCAGCAGGUUGGGCUGUCUGGGCGUGAGGCCCACGAAGAGAUCAACAUCACGUUCAUCUUGCCUGUUUCCUGGAAUGCGGAUGACUGCAUACUGCACGGCCACUGCGAGCAAGUUGUCUUCAGCACUUGCAUGACCAUCACAGCCGCUAGCAAUAUCUUCCCGGUCACAGUGCAGCCACCUCACUGCCUGCCGGAGACAUACACCAACGCCACCUCCUGGUACAAAGUGUUCACCACGGUGCGGGACUCUGACACCAAGUACAGCCAGGACUACAACCCCUUCUGGUGCUACAAGGGUGCCAUCGGCAAGGUGUACCAUGCUCUCAACCCCAAGCUCACCGUCAUUGUGCCCGAUGAUGACCGCUCCCUCAUCAACCUCCACCUGAUGCACACAAGCUACUUCCUGUUUGUCAUGGUCAUCACUAUGUUCUGCUAUGCCGUCAUCAAGGGCAGGCCUGGAAAAGUACGGCAAAGCCCCGAUUUCUUCCCCGAAAAGGUGUCUCUGUCGGAAGGUUAAGCGGGCGUCUUAAAGCGGUAUAAGAAGAACGUAGGAAAGUCGCUCAAAACAAAAAGACCCAGAGAAAAGCACUCAGUUGCCUGCUGGUCACUGUGUGGACUUGAAAAAAAAUGAAGACUGGACACAAAAGCGCUCUCUGAAUGAUUGAACUCCUCCUCGCAAUGUUGGGAUUGUCCAACCAAAGAUACAAGUGCCUGCAUCUCUGGUGGAAAGAAGAUGUAGGAACAUUUUCUUCUUCAUUACUGUUGAUUUGCCCGUUUGGUGCCAUAUCACAACACCUUCAUCCAUCCAUCCAGUCUAGCUUCUUUGCAAACCUGCAUCUAUUGACAAUGGGAUGCGGCGAAGCAGAGCACUUGGCUAGCAUCGGAGCUGACUGUGCAGCAAAACCAGGCUAAACCGUUGAAUCAGCGUUGAAUCAGUCAGUAAACAACAUACUUUCUGGCGAUUGAGACUGACAGGCAAAUGAGUAACAAUAAACUUAAACUUAAGUGCAUCGCUAGGCUUAAAAUAAGAAAUGGGAUCCUUGACCCUGUUUUUUUCGUUUUCAUUAAAAUGUCCAGAAAUAUUAAAAUGGUCGGUCUGUUGUUAUGGAAAUACACUGAGCACUUUGGCUGGCACCAGACCCGACAAUGUGGCAAACAAAUGCAUCAUGUACAAAUUGACGGCAAACACCGACUGAUUCACUUAAAGACAGCAUGAGAGCCCAAGCUAGGCAGUUGGCGCUGAAUUAUGUUGGUUUGUCCAUCUGUUUGUUAGCUAGCUGGCUAGCUAGCUGGCUGGUGGACAGAUGUUUGUGAAAAAGUGGCAGCUGGUGCCAUUCCACUCAUAGCAACUCAAAACUAAAGUAACUAAAUUCACGUUUGCUUCAAAGGAUAUGUACACUUAUCCAUCACCAGACCCGACUAUGCAUCAAAUAUUAAACAGCGCAUAACGUUGACAUUCAUCAACAACGAUUGGGUGACUUGCUAAAGUGAAAUGCGGUAUUUAUUACUGGGAAUAGCAACCAGGGGUAGCCAUGGCUAAGCUGAUUUGUUUGUCAGCUAGCAGGCUACAUCCAGGUUGAUGGCGAUGGAUUAGUACGAUAAUCUGCUCUGUUCUUCCUUAUAUGUUCAAAAGAAAGGUACGUUUCUGUGAAAAUGCGAAAAAUGGCGGGCUGGUGUCUAUCAAGUACACCGAGCAAGACAAUUUAGCACGUUAGCGUGUUAGCAGAAUAUGAACAUUACUCUUCCUGUGGUUUAGCUUGCUUGAUUUUUUUUCUUGUUUGUUUUGGAUUUGGUUUUUACACAUUUGGUCUUGUUGAAAGAGGAAAAACUUGCCUUACUCACGGACUAGCUUUUCUGCUCGUCAUCAUGCCAUUGUCUUCUGGGAUGAUGAAACGUUGAUCCUGUCCAUGUAAACAUCAAUCCACCUUUUUAUUUAUUUUUUAUUCCAAGCAAAGUAUCUGCAUAGUCAAGAGCACCUUUUCAGUUUUUUUUUUUUUUGCACAUUUAAAUUUGUAAUUUUAAUUGUCUGCAAGUUAUAUUCUUUCACCAAAAAUGUAUCAUUAUUGAUUAUAUUUAUGAUUAAAGUAAUUUAUUUUUUGUGUAUGAUAAGAAAAUUUGCAAAAAGGAAAAAAGGUAGGAGUGUUGGCGGUGUCAUUCUAGUGUGUGUAAAAUAAACCUUCACAGUAAAGUUUAAUUUCAUGCAACUUUGACAAUCAAGAUGUUUUAAUUUAUCACCUUUUCUUUGAGAGAAGCGCCUAAAUCUGCCUUUCCCCUCAUUUUGUCUUACAUUUAAUUUAGUUCCAUGAAAAAUAAAAAUGUUGAAUGUACUUUUUUCUAAAUCCUGCUUUUUUUUUUUCCAAGACUUGAAUCAUGUUUUUGUUGACGUGUCAUAUUACAGGAAUUGUAUCAAACAUGUAUAGGAAAUAAUUGAUUUUUCUUCUUUAAUUGCAAAGUCUUCCUACAAACGUAAAGUAGUCAAGCAUGCAUCUGUUACAUCUUCAUGUGUGUGUCGUCUCUGUGCAGCUCUGCAAAUGGCCUUAACAUGUUGUUUGUGUCACUCACUGGUUGAACAAAAUGGCUUUAUCGAUAAUAACGGCGAUUCAUUUCUACUCACUGGGCGUUUCCUUGGGUUGUCUUGGUGACGUGCGCUGCAGAGCUUAGGAGUUGGAAGCCAAGUGUGUGCCUUCUGCACUAAUCAAGCUGCAUCCUUGUAGAAAAGACACGCGUAGCUUUGGGAAGGAGGAGGUUUCAUGUGAUGUGACUGCUGUAAAUCAAUACAAAGUGAAUUAAAGUGUUUCUUUAAGGUAA